AUGAGGAUGAGAGAGACGGGAAUAGAUAGACAGUACGACGGAGCAGCAGAUGAAUGUGAGCGCGUGAGCGACCGAGACCUACGGACAGAGAGAGAGGCGCGAGAAGAAGAGACCGCGGGUGAAAAAGAACGACCGCGAGAGGAAGAGUGGGAAAUGAAGCAUCACUCGACCGUCGACCGCACCUGUGAAAGUUGA